AAAUGAAUGUCGCAAUUUCCUUGGCAAACUGAGAAGGCCCUUUUGCAGCCCCUUGGUCUGGCCCACCACGAUAUUUAACUCGCCCUGCUGCCCCCAACCGGGCUUGCUCGAAGCAGUCAGUCAGAUUGCCACCCUUUCUUUCCCCCCUAAACCAUGCCUUUCAUCGUCGACUUCGUGCGCUCCCAGUACACCCGGCUCCCCCUCGCCGCGACACCGGCCGCCGUCGAGGGUGGAACCUACGUCGUGACGGGCAGCAACACGGGCCUAGGCCUCGAGUGCGCCAAACACCUGGCCCGGCUGGGCGCGGCACGCCUCAUCCUCGCAGUCCGGUCGUCGCAGCGCGGGGACGCCGCCCUGGCCACAAUACACGAGGAGACGGGCCGCAGCGACGUCGGCGAGGUGUGGGAGCUGGACCUCGCCUCGCUCGCCUCGGUCGAGGCCUUCGCCGCGAGACUGGCGGCGCUGGACCGCGUGGACGCCGUCAUCGCGAACGCGGGCGUCUCGCUGGUCGAGUAUGCCCUCGCUGACGGGUUCGAGGAGUCGCUCAUGAUCAACUUCGUCGCCACGAUGCUGCUGGCCGUCCGCGCGCUCCCGGUGCUGCGGGCGUCGGCGGAGAAGUUCAAGAUCCAGCCGCACCUCGUUGUGGUUGCGAGCAGUGUGGCCUUCAUCGUGGAUGGGCCUUCGGUGGAUGUUGACGGCAAUAUUUUGGAGGCGUUGAGCACGAGAGACGCUUCGGUCAUGUCCCAGCGAUACCAGCUGACCAAGCAACUGCAAAUCUACGCGGUCCGCGAGCUCGCCAGGCUGGUCCCGGUGGCUGAAUCAGGCGUGGUCAUCAAUACCCUGAACCCUGGAAUGUGCAGCACAGAUCUCCAGCGUCACUCGAGGCUAGCAGGUAAGCUCGCAAUGGGCCUGGUGGGGUUGUUCGUCGGCCGUACUGCCGAGGAGGGCAGUCGGACAUUGGUGCACGCCGCCGUCGCAGGCCCCGAAACUCACGGGAAGUACCUGUCCGACUGCGAGGAUAAAGAGCACGAGAUGCCGGCAUGGAUGCGAGACGAGAGUGGCUCUCGUGUGCAGAAACGCGUCUGGGAAGAUUUGGUGAAGGCGCUUAAGGCCAGGGGUCACAGCAUCGAUAUUCCGUGAUCUCGACGAUGUGGGGAUGGAGAAGCGGUUGUCUCCGAUAGACACCGUCGAGAAUGAGAUCAUCCAUAGAUCCAGCCGCCGUCGAUCAAAAGAGUGCCAUCGGAUUGUUGUGUUCGGACUCGCUCCUGCAAGACGAAUUCAUUCCGGCAAGUAGUCUCCAGCGUCCUACCCUUCCAGGUCUAACAAUGUAGUCAUGCAGUCGUGCGCCUCCAACUAGUAACCGGGGUCGCCGAGGAGGAUUUCCCAAUAAAUAUGUAG